GGCUGUAUGCGCUACUCACACACCGAGAAAAGUGUAUGUGAAAGAGAGAGAGAGAGAGACGACAGAUAAUGUGUGUGUAAGUGAGUGAGAGAAUGAACGCUACCAGUGGAAUAGAGAGCAAGAGAGAGACGACUCACGGUAGCACCAAGUAGCAUCAGAAGACUCCUUGAGCUCACUAUCCAUCGGGCUCUGCUUCAAGAACUAACGACAAUAAGAGGAUUAUUCUUGUUUUUUAAUUUCCUUUUUUUUUAAACAUUUUUCUCUUCAUCUGCCUCGUGAGCAACACUUUACUUUUGAGAGAUUUAAAGAGGUAUAAUACGUUUUUUUUCUGGAAUAGAGAGUUUAAAAAAAAAACUUUCCAUUUCUUGAAAAGAAAAGCCCCAGUUUAUUUUCAGAAUACUUUCCGAGACUCACUGUUUCCACGCGAUCUGGGAGCGGGACAAAUACUUGUCAAACUGACUUUUUUAAAAAAAAAAUCCAUUAUAUUUUUUUUAUUUGACUUAUUUAGGGCAAUUUCAAAUCAAACCAACAUGAGAUUUCAAAACGUUAAUUCAUCCGUUUCCACUUUCGUUGAAUUAUCUCCUUCAUUCAAGUCAUUGAAGGUGACGUUUUGAGGAGUUAUAUAGGACGUUUUAAAUGCCUUUUAUUUCACCCUACUGAUUGAUAGCCACACUUUGAAACAGUGGGAGAGGGGAAGUAGUUUAGCGCAUCACCUGUUGAGCUGCCCACAGGCCUACAACUCACUCAACUCAAAUUCAAGUCGAUCUAUUUCAACAACAUUUGCUCUAUCGCAACAUUUUUUUUUUUUCAUAGUUAUAUUUCAUAAUCAAUCGAUUAUAAUCAAUCAAGUCCCUUUAUCGAUAACCAUCAAUAUAUUGAAUUGAUCAUCUUCAGAGCAUUUCCAAUUCCUGUAACCCAACUUCUCCCAACGACAUCGUGGUGAGAUCAGGGGAUUUUUCUCCCACCACCCCAAUCACCAUCACUCAGACACCGACCCUUCCUCGCCAUGCUAUUCGACAGCUUUGACCUGGUCUCAGCCUUGGCCACCCUAGCGGCCUGCGCGGUGUCCAUGGCCCUCCUCCUAGUUGUGUCCCAGCAACUCUGGCAGCUCCGAUGGACAUCAACACGAGACAAAAACUGCAAGCUGCCGAUGCCUAAAGGUUCCAUGGGGUUCCCCAUCAUAGGAGAAACCUGCCACUGGCUCGUCCAGGGGUCGGCGUUCCACGCAUCACGGAGGCAGAAGUACGGCAACGUCUUCAAGACCCACCUGCUGGGACGCCCCCUGAUCCGGGUCACCGGUGCAGAGAACGUCCGCAAGGUUCUAAUGGGAGAGCAUACGUUGGUCAGCGUGGACUGGCCUCAGAGCACCUCGACCCUACUGGGACCCAACUCACUAGCUAACUCUAUAGGAGAUAUACACCGAAAGAGAAGAAAGGUCUUCUCCAAGGUGUUCAGUCAUGAGGCUCUGCAGUCCUACCUCCCUAAGAUUCAGCAGGUGAUCCAGGAGUCACUAAGGCUGUGGAGCUCCAACCCAGAACCCAUCAAUGUCUACAGGGAAUCCCAGAGGCUGUCGUUCCACAUGGCAGUGAGGGUGUUGCUGGGGUUCAGAGUAGCAGACGAGGAGAUGAGACACCUGUUCACCACCUUCCAGGAGUUUAUAGACAACAUCUUCACUCUUCCGUUAGACCUGCCAUUCAGUGGAUACAGGAAGGGCAUCUGUGCCAGGGACACACUCCAGAAGGGAAUAGAAAAGGCCAUCAGGGAGAAACCCCUCUGUUCCCAGGGGAAGGAUUACAGCGACGCACUAGAUAUCCUACUGGAGAGCGCAAAAGAGAACGGCACCGAACUCACCAUGCAGGAACUCAAGGAGGCGACCAUUGAGCUGAUCUUCGCAGCGUUUGCCACCACGGCCAGUGCCUCCACCUCUCUCAUCAUGCAGCUCCUACGCCACCCAGCCGUGCUGGAGAAGUUACGAGAGGAGCUCCGGACCAGGGGGAUCCUCCACAAUGGCUGUUUGUGCGAGGGGGAACUGGGUCUGGAUACCAUCGUUAGUCUGAAGUAUCUGGACUGUGUGAUUAAGGAGGUGCUGAGGCUCUUCACGCCCGUGUCUGGGGGUUAUAGGACGGCCCUGCAGACCUUUGAACUAGAAGGGGUACAGAUCCCGAAGGGUUGGAGUGUGAUGUACAGCAUCAGAGACACACACGAUACCUCCUCUGUCUUCAAGGACGUGGACGCCUUCGACCCCGACCGCUUCUCCCAGGAACGCAGCGAAGACAAGGAGGGACGCUUCCACUACCUCCCGUUCGGCGGCGGCAUCCGCUCCUGUCUCGGGAAACAGCUCGCCACUCUCUUCCUCCGUAUACUGGCCAUCGAGCUGGCCAGCACCAGCCGGUUUGAGUUGGCGACCCGGAAUUUUCCUAGAGUGGUGACGGUGCCGGUGGUUCAUCCGGUGGACGGGUUGAAGGUGAAGUUCUACGGUCUGGAUUCUAACCAGAAUGAGAUUUCAUCCAAUCUCCUAGCCGACAUCAAGACGGAAGAGCUACCGGGAGCCGCGGUGUAGAUCGUUGAUCUGGAUUGGACGAAGCAAGGAGGAAGGAGAAAGGAGGAAGGGAGGUAUGGAGGAGAAAGGAGAGUGAAGAGAAGGAUGGAUGGAGGAUAUGACAGAAAUAACAAAUGAGGAUGGGAGACUGGGAGGGGUUUAGUUUCCUUUUUUUUUUCAUUCUACUGAUGUCUUGGAAUGUCGGAGGUCUCCUUUGAACUCUAAAAAGGAACAUUAAGAAUUCCGAUUCCUUCUCUUUGUCGUUUUGUUGUCAGUUGUCAGAACUUUCUGGGAGAGAAAGAAGUACAGAAGCUGCCAAAAAAAGUUUAUAAUCUCUAUUCCUUUUGUUUUCCAAUAAAUAUACAAAACUAUGUAUGACUAAAUUGAAAAGUUAUGUAAUAUAAUGAAUGAUUUAAAAAAAUAUAGAAAGUAACAUUAGGUUGCGCAAUUAGGAAACAGAUUUGUAGAGAAGUGUAUUUGGAUGGAGGGAUGAAAUAAAGAAAGAAAGAAAGGAGGGAUGGAGGGAGAGAGAGAGAGAGAUGAGAGAGAGAAGAGAGAGAGAGAGAGAGACAGACAGAGAGAGAGAGAGAGAGAGAUGAGAGAGAAGAGAGAGAGAGACAGACAGAGAGAGAGAGAGAGAGAGAGAGAAGAGACAGAGGGACAGAGAGAGAGAGAGAGAGAGCGACAGAGAGAGACAGAGACAGAGACAGAGAGAGACAGAGAGAGAGAGAGAGAGAGAGAGAGAGAGAGAGAGAGAGAGAGAGAGAGAGAGAGAGAGAGAGAGAGAGAGAGAGAGAGAGAGAGAGAGAGAGAGAGAGAGAGAGAGAGAGAGAGAGAGAGAGAGAGAAGAGAGAGAGAGACAGAGAGACAGAGAGAGAGAGAGAGAGAGAGAUGGGUGUAAUUUGUUUUAAGGCCUGGGGGUGAUAUAUGUAUUGCAUGGUGCUUUACAUGGUGCUUUCAGCCCUGCACUAACCUACCUGUCUUAAACAAUCAACCUAUCACCUAUCACAAUUCGGUCAAUUAGCCUGGGCUGGGUCUUAGCGCUAGGAUGGGUACAAAACCCAGGAACUGGACUUUGACUAUCUAGAAGUGGAGUUGAAACAGUGACCCUAGAGGACUUCAGGGAUGAUGCGAAGGAGAUACUGAAACGCUGGAACGGCAUUUCAGUGUGUUUGAUAACUCAGGUGGGGAAGCGGAUCUUUCCUUGGAUGGAUUUUAAGGACUUGAUUUCUUUGUUUUUUUACUGCACAUGAGAAAGUGACUAUAAGUUGUUAUUAACCAGGUUCCUUCCUCUUCCUCCUUCCAACCCUCAAACCUGUGAUGUUAUAUGCAGACGUGUGUCUGUCAGUCGGGCCAGAGGACUGGACUUCUUAUGGACACAAGAAAGCUAAGUCGGAGAGAGAGGGAGAGUGUCAUUGACCUCUGUGGAACGCCAUGGUGACAUUUUGACAUUGCUGCUCCUCUUUAUCAACACUAAAAUGCAAAAAAAAUAAAAAAUAAAUUACAAACUUUAUUAGCUAACUAGAUUAAACAAAGUGCGCCGAUAUCAAAAUCAGUCUCAGAACUUAUUGCUAACUCCAACGUCAAGAAAUGUCCAUCAUGGAGAGGGAGGGAUAACACUACCAAAACAGAACUCCUUCCUUUAUGACUCAUCAAAAGAACACUUCUGGAUGUCACAAACAUUCCGGAACAUUCCCGUAAAAACAACUUUCCCGGAAUCGUUGGACAGUUGUGGACACACCUACUCAAUUCCAUGUUUCUUCUUUAUUUUUUUUGUACUAUGUUCUACAUUGUAGAUAGUGAAGACAUCAGAAACUAUGAAAUAACACGGAAUGGAAUCAUGUAGAAACGGAAAAAAAAAAAAAAAAAAAAAAAUAUAUUAAAACAAAUGAAAAUAUAUUUUAUAUUUGAGAUUCUUUAAAGUAGCCACCCUUUGCCUUGACAGCUUUGAACACUUUUGGCAUGCCUGUCUAUAACAAUAAUAAUAAUGUAAUAUAAUAAUGUCUAUAAUGUUAUAUAGACUUAAAUAUCCUGUGACCAACCACCCCACUGAUUGUCUAUACUUACCAUAAGUACAGUGAGCUGCUUCUGUGUUUCAAGCUGAGAGUUCUAGAACUGCUAAGAUAUAUAGAUUGCAAGUGAGAUUCUUCCCCAAUUUUUAUUUUAUUUUUUAAUUAUAAUUGUAUUUUAUUUUUUAAUUAUUAUUUUAUUUUAUUUUUUAAUUAUUAUAUAAUUUUUUUUUUAUUAUAUUUUUUUUAAUUUUUUUUAUUUUAUUUUUAAAGCAAGACAGUGACGGGCUGUUUAUGUUAAAUCCGAUUCUUCUGUUUAACAAGCCAUGAGGUUACAUCUGUUUAAUAUUAUUAUGAUUGGUAAUAUUCACUAUUAAUAUUUGUCAUUGAAGUAAAAUAUUAUAAUAAGUUUUAUUAUAUUUUUACAAUAGAGUUCAAGUAUAAAUUACAAAAGUAUUUUUGUCCGUAAAUAUUGUUAUAUUUAGUAUGAUAUGAAUUAUUUCCGUUAUAUAUUGUAAAACAUUGUUGAAUGUGUUAAUAUUGCUUAUUGUAUUAGAUAUUCUUAUUUUGGGUUAUUAUUAUUAUUACAAUUAUUAUUAUCAUUACAUUAAUUAAUUAUUACAAUUAAGAAGUUAAGCACUUGCGAGGUAUGUUAUUAUGGAAGUGUCACAUGACUGUCACAUGACUGUCACAUGACUGUCACAUGACUACAUUGGUUCUUUCAUCUGAAUGCAUCCCAAAUGGCUCUGGUCUAAAGUAGUGCACUAUAUAGGGAAUAGGGCUCUGGUCUAAUGUAGUUCACUAUAUAGGGAAUAGGGCUCUGGCCUAAAGUAGUUCACUAUGUAGGGAAUAGGGCUCUGGUCUAAAGUAGUGCUCUAUAUAGGGCAUAAGGCUCUGGUCUAAAGUAGUGCACUAUAUAGGGAAUAGGGGUUCUGGUCUAAAGUAGUGCACUAUAUAGGGAAUAGGGUGCCACUCGAUCUCUGUCUGUCUGUCUGUCUGUCUGUCUGUCUGUCUGUCUGUCUGUCUGUCUGUCUGUCUGUCUGUUCCUAAUAUGUUUAUUUUAUUUUCCAGAUCGCAACAAUUUUAAUUAGUUUAAAUAUGAAUGUUUUUUCAUCUUUUUGUCAACGUUAUUCUUAAAUGUAAUAAAAUAUAAUGUGAAAUUAA